AUUAACCGGAGGAACUUCGCGACACAAAAUUCUUUUCCCGAAUUAAUUCUGAACGCGUUGAAGCCGCGGCUUACUGAAGUGCAACGUUUGAAAUGAAAUGUUGGCGUCCGCGCGGACGGCCUCUCUGUGCACGUUGAGGCUUCUCAGGUCGCCUGUUGUAGAACAAAGAUUACGUUUUAUGAUUCUCGCGUGAAAUGAGCGCAGAAUCUGGGAAGGAAAAGCACGAGGAGGAACUUUGUCGAGCUGAAGAGAGCGACCGUCAACAAGUGGCUGCUGCUUUCAAGAAGCCUCGCGAUAUUUUACGCACCGCAGACGUCAGAGAAGAUGAUUUUCAUCCUGAGCAGCAUGAGCCAAAGGAAGAAGCGCCAGAUCGCAGCUACGUUAAAGAGGAAGAGGAGGAAAUUGAUAUCAGCACCUUUCCAUUGACUGUCAUUGUGAAGAGUGAAGAUGAAGACGAUGAAGGUGAUCGAGACCGCUGUGGAGGAUCCCAAGCGGACGGACUUUUUUCAGCUCGGCUAUCACGUUGUGACGACAUAACGUCGCGUUCUCCCGAAACUGAUGAUGAACACUCCAAAGUAAAUCUGACAAGUCGCGUGGACAACAAACGCUGGGAAUGUUCACAGUGUGGUAAAUCCUUUGUCUUUGAGUCGCUUUUGAAAAAGCACACGAUAAGCCACUCAAGAAAAAAGCCUUUCAGUUGCUCAGACUGUGGUAAAAGUUUCACCCGUCAAGGACAUUUGAACACACACAUAAGAACACACACUGGGGAAAAACCUUUUUGCUGCUCAGUUUGCGGUCUUCGAUUAACACAGAAGAGUAGUUUAACAACUCACAUGACAACACACACUGAAGAGAAACCCUUUGCAUGCUCACUUUGCGCUAAAACUUUCUCUGUGAAGCGCUAUUUAAUAGCACACGCGAACACGCACACUGGAGAGAAACCUUUUGCCUGCUCACUAUGUGAGAAAAGGUUUUCUGUAAAAAGACAUUUACUGGAACAUACAAAAACACACACUGGAGAGAAACCCUUUGCCUGCAUAGUUUGCUGUAAAAGAUUCACUCAGAAGGGGCAUUUAAGAAAACACGCAAGGAUGCACACUGCUGACAAACCAUUAAGUUGUGGACUGUGAGAAACCUUGUAACAAACGCAUUUUGUGAGAAGUCCAACAGUAAUAUGAGGUUUAAAAACACCUCGUCUCUGUUGGUAAUCGGUAAAAGUGUGCAAUAUGGGCUUCUGAAUAAAUAAGUCUUCAAAAGUGCCAGUAUUCAUGAGAACACACACUGGAGAGAAGCAGUUUUCAUGCUCAGCGUGCACUUAAAGAGUCACUCAAAGAUCAUAUUUGACGACACACUCAAGAACACACACACACACUGAUGAUUUCCAUGUCAGCGUCUCUCCUGCGUCUUCCUCUCUUCUUUCUCCCUCACUGUCCUCAUGUCUUCUCUCACAAGAUCCAUCAACCUUUUCUUUGGUCUUCCUCUCUCUCUCGCUCUUUUGCCUGGCAGCUCCAUCCUCCAUCCUUCUACCAAUACACUCAGUCACGUCCAAACCACGGAAGUCUGCUCUCUCGAUCGAACCUCGUCUCCCAAACAUCCAAUUUUGUCUGUCCCUCUAAUGAGCUCGUUUCUAAUCCUAUCCAACCUGUUCACACCAAGCGAGAACCUCAACAUCUCCAGUUCUGCUUCCUGUCGUCUCUAAUCCGUCCAUCAUGGCCGGCCUCACCGCUGUUUUGUAAACUUUGCCCUUCAUCCUAGCAGACACUCUUCUGUCACAUAACACACCAGACACCUUCCGCCAGCAGUUCCAACCUGCUUGGACCAGUUUCUUCACUUCCUUACCACACUUUCUGUUGCUCUGUAUUAUAGACCCCAAGUAUUUAUUUUUAUUGCAUUUUGUUUGCAAAAAAUGAAGACGUGAGAACAAGCCUCUUCUCGUCUUCUCCUUCCUCGCCACCCAGCGUAGAAAAGUAACUAUCGAAAUAUAAAAUCCAAGCACAUGAGCAGCGUAGGUCCAACGUUCAUUCCGGAUGUAGAAAAAGUGGCCAUCAGGCUGCAAAUGGCCCCAGGGCCAUAGUUUGGACACCCCCGUGCCCUCAAUGUGUCCCACGAUGCAUUUUGAGAAGGAGUAAAGAACCCCGAUUGCAGGGACAAUCAUACAUUAAUUUUCUACUUUAUAACUCGGAAGCCCUCAAUUAUGUUAUUGCUCCUGCAUCGUUCGUCAAAAACAUUCUUUCGACUGGCCAAGCUGACUUUGGGAGGGAGGUUGGGCACGCCGCUGCACCGUUCAGACAAAGCAGUUGAGUUUCAUGUAAUAUGAUAUGUUGCUCCUCUUCGAUUACUCAUAGGCAUGUCGUUUAAAAUAUCUUCAGAGUACAGCAAAGCAUCACAAUACAGGUGGACGUAAGUAAUCAUUUGUACUCGGUUCAAAACAAUCAGUGAUAUGUUCAGUAUUUAUGAGGAAGUGAGCGGUACGUCAUAACGGGACGCCAACAAAGUCAUUAUCGGUCACGCAGGUGAAGUGGACAAGGUGAGGCACAGCACCCACUUUUAGGUCAGCGGUGCCACCUCCUCCUCCGGCUCACUGCAGAAUUUUCU